AUGCGCGCGCGCGUCGCGCGCCGCGUCACCGCGCUCGCUUCGAACGCGCGAAGAAGCGCAGAUCUCGCGUCGAUCGCGAGCGGGCGGUGCCUCGCGCGCGCGGCGCUCGGCGCGGCGCCGACGCCGGGCGGCGGCUCGAGCGCGCGGGGUAACGACCAGCGCGGGCAGACGCGAUGGAUUGGGCAGAGGACCGCGAUCGCCCCGGGCGCGGGCGCGCCCGCGGACUUCACGCGGCGGUCGCCUCAGAUCCCGAUCCCGCCUCAACAUCAGACGACGCCGGUUCGAGGACCGCCGCCGCGACAGCAGCCUUUGACUCCGACGACGCCGCCGCAACGAGGGGACCAGAGCCACCUCGAGGGGAUGAACGACGAGCAGCGCGCGGCCAUCUUGGCCCCGAUCGCGGCGCCGAUGAAGGUCCUCGCGGGGCCCGGGUCGGGAAAGACGCGCGUGCUCGUUGGACGCGUGACGCACCUCAUCAACGAGCUCGGCGUCCCGCCGAGUCAGGUGCGUUCUAUACACUGGUCCCCAUACGACCGCGUUGGCGUGAUCUUGUGCAUCACGUUCACGAACAAGGCUGCGAAGGAGAUGAAGGAGCGGUUGGUCGCGAACGUGGGCGUAGAGAACGCCAAGGCGAUCACCGCGGGGACGUUCCAUUCCGUCGCGGCGCGGAUGCUUCGGAAGGACGUCCACGCGCUCGAAAACUACGGAAGAGGAAACGACUUCGUGAUCUACGACGAGACGGACACGAAAGCGCUGCUGCGUAAGAUUCUCGUCGAGAAGUUCAAAGAGGAAAAGAAGAAAGUCGACGCCGGGAUGGUGAAAGGGAGGAUAUCCGCCGCGAAGUCCGCGGUCGAUCACUGCGUCGGUGUCCCCGGCUCGAGAAUGGUACGCGCGCUCGUCGACGCGCGGCCAAACUUAAAGUUCGACCCGGGCGUGAAGAAUCACUUCGCGGCGGUGUACGACGAGUACGAGGCGAACCUGAGGGCGUCGAACGCGCUCGACUUCGACGACUUGCUCUCCGCGACCGUCGCGCUGCUGAAAUCCAGCGGACCGGUGCGGCAGCACUACCAACAGCGGUGGAGGCACGUUCUCGUGGACGAGUUCCAGGACACGUCCCUGUCGCAGUACGAGCUCAUUCGCGAGCUCGCGCUGCCGCGAGGGCAGGUGUUCGUCGUCGGCGACGUCGACCAGGCCAUUUACAGCUGGCGCGGCGCGGAGGUGGCGAACAUCCGCACCAAGUUUGACGACGAUUUCUUCGGCGCGGACACCGUGAUGUUGACGAAAAAUUACAGGUCCACGGCGACCAUCGUGAAAGCCGCGCGGGCGGUGAUCGGCGAGAGCCUCUCGCGCUCGCCGCUCGAGCUCGACGCGGUGCAGCCGGGGGGUAAAGACGUCGCCGUCGUCGCGACCGAGGACGAGGUCGAGGAGGCGGAGUUCGCCGCGCGAGAGGCGGCGCGCGCCGCCCGCGACGGCGUCCCGCUGAAGGAAAUCGCGGUGUUGUACCGCACGCAUCAUCAGUCGCGGCCGCUCGAGGAGGCGUUCGUUCGCGCGGGGGUGCCGCACGUCGUCAUCGGCGACACCGCGUUUUACACGAGGAAAGAGAUCAAGGACGCGGUCGCGUACUUGAGGGUGUUGCUGAACCCGCGGGACAGCGUCAGCCUCGCGCGGAUCAUCAACACGCCGCCGCGGAAGAUCGGACCCGGCACGCUCGAGAAGUUGACGACGUGGAGCGACAGCUUGCCGUGGGACGAUGGGAUGCCGCAGCCCCUCGGCGCGGCGCUCCUCAGACGAACGUGGGCGAACCCGGACCAGGGGUUGGAGGAGGACGACGUCUUGCCGUCCGCGAAGGAGAUGGGCCUCGGCGCCGCCGCGCACAAGUCGGUGUCAAACUUUUGCCGUCUGAUGCGGGAUUUGGAAGUCGUCAUGGAAGGGUCCACGCCCGGUGAGCUGAUCGAGGCUGUCGUGAAGUCGACCGGGUUCAAGGAGUACCUCAUCGAUCAAGAGAACGGCGACGAGCGCUGGGGGUUCAUCAAAGAGCUCAUCUCGAUCGCGAACGAACCGAGCGCGACCGACGGGAUGGACUCGCUGGAACCUGAGGACGACGCGACGGCGCCCGCGACCCCGGCGACGGGCGAGAAAGGCCUGAUGGACUUCCUCGAAGGCGUCGCGCUCCUGAUGUCCGCAGAGACGCGGUCCGAGGACGCGCAGGCGGACGCGGUGAAGCUCAUGACGAUGCACGUGGCGAAAGGCUUGGAAUUCGACACCGUGUUCAUCACGGGAUGCGAGGAUAAGCUGAUUCCGAUGGAGAGUUUCCAGAAGGACGGACGCGAGGAGAUGGACGAAGAAGUGCGUCUGUUCUACGUCGGCAUCACGCGCGCGAAGCGGAAGCUAUUCCUCUGCCGCUCCGCGAAGCGCACGCGGUUCGGCCUCACGACGUACCCGGACCCGAGCCCGUUUCUGGCCGUCAUCCGAGACGCGCUCGUCGGCGGCGGCGCGGCGAAACCGCCGGCGAUUCCCGUGCCGACAGACCCGCGCACCUGGCCGCGAACGGCGUGA